GAGGGAGAAUGUGAGAGAGGGAGGCAGUCUGUCAUUGUGAAACAGCACUGGCUGGAAUACACGUGUGAGUUUGCAGUUCCUCUUUGCGGAGUUGAAUAGAGGCCAGUGCAGCCCUGGAGCUGGAGCAGACAGAAGGGGGAGGACUGACCAGCAUGGAGCUUCAGUCACCCCGAAAGAGCUGAAUAAACAGCACAGCAAAGCUCUGACGAGACAGAGAGGUCCAGACAGACAAGAAAAGAAGGGAAGAUCCCCUCAGGAGUGUUCCUGUAUGUACGUAAUAUGUAUGUAUGCAUGUCCACCAGCAUUGACUGUUAUAACAGGUGACGGGAUUGGAGUAAGUGACAGUUGAGGAUGUCCAGGAGCAGCUCCACAGGGGACCUGGUGCCCAAGGACAUCACGGAGAUGUUGGCCUUGCAGAAUAAAAUAAGCAAGAGCAGGAAGAAGCGUGGAUCAUCUCUGAGUCGGACUUUCAGCUGGUUUAAAGGAAGUAAACCAAAGAGGAUUGUCAGUAAUGGUCAGAGUCGGUCAGGGAGGUUAGGUGGUUGGACUGGAGAGUGUACUACCAUCAGACAGGAUGCUGACAAUCAUGAUGUUUCCAAAGCUGGACAAAAACAAGACGAGCAGAUGAAACUGAUAGUUCAUUACACAGCCUCCCAACACUACCAGGAGAAUGUGUUCAUUGAAGGUAGCAGGCCAAAGUAUCUGGAAGAUUUGCACACUGAAGCCCAAGAAGGACUUAAGAUACUACAACAGGAGGAGCAUAACAUUUCAAGGGACCUUGAUGAUGAUCAGCCUGUUUCAACACAACAAGAAAACUAUGUCAACUGUGAAGAAAGAGAUGGACGUGUGAGCUUUGACAGCACUGCUGACCACUCCAUUACAUCAGUGUCUACUGUAGCUGCAGUGUCCUCAAGACCUGUGUUAACACGCCAAGGUUCAACAUUUAAGCCUUUGAACACUGUGAAGAGGCUGGACAACCCCAGAAAAAGGAAUAGAAGAACAACAAUUAUGGGCAUACCACAACAGGUUCAGAGAGAACUAUGUAUGGGAAGGGGAGCUUUACUCCAACUCCCAACUGGUGAAGAUGAUGAUUCAUCUGGUAGAGUCAUAAUCCCAAGAAUUGAUGGAGAAGUGCCUAUAACAAAUCAUGAAGGGGCACGUGUACACCUACAGGAUAUUGAAGCCCUUCAGGUUUCCAGAGAUGAUCAACUUCUCAGGCACCACAUACAUGCUGUGUACAGAGACGACUUCCUUCUAAACACCAAACCUGGAUCACAAAUGUCCCAGAGACCCAGGUCUCUUGCUGUACCAGGAAUAACAACAACUUCUGCCCUCUUGCAAGAACCACAAGGUCCUGUGAUGUCUAUCUCACCUCAGGCUACCUAUUUAUCCACAAUUAUUCCUAAUGCAAUCCUACCUUCUGCAAUAGAUGUUAUAGAAAUUGAUAGAAGUUGCAACCAGCGGAGUGUGCGUACAGUUAGUAAAAACAGCUUAGCACCUGCAAGUCCAGCUUCCUCACGUUCAGGAGGUGCUACUCAUGAUGAACCAAAUUCCACCAGCUCUAAAUGGAGUCAUUCACAAUCUUCUGAGACUAUUGUCUCCCACCCCUCUACCAUCUCCUUCAAAGGAAGCAUGCCAUCUUCACAUGUAACAGACAGCAUGAAGGAAGUCACAGAUUUAAAUGAGGAACAAAUGAGUCUGAAGAGCUCAGUCAGUUGGACAAGUUCCACCAGUAAAGCAGGCAGUCAGAGAGUGGAGCAAGGGGAAUUAAGUGAUGCUGCUGAGACUGCCCAAAACAAUCGAUUGGUCUCUCGUAAUCUGUCAGUAAUGAAGGCUAAACUACCACCAGCACCACCAAGGAGAACAUACUCUUUACACCAUGAAAACCUUAAGCAAAGGCCACAGGAACUGGCAGGCACAAAAGAUUUGAAAUACCUAGGAUCCAAUGGAAGGCAACUGGAUGCAGAUCUCAAUAUGAAAGAAGAUCCUACAUCAUCGUACACUGAAAGUACCUCUAUCCAGUCUCCAGUAUCACCAUUUUUUGAUGACUCUAACUUAUCUGUGACUGCCAGUCCACACAAACCUAUUGAAGACUCUACUGAAGCUCAAUGUGAAUCGAACAACUCAUCCCCACAAGAUAUAUUUGAAAGAACACUAUCACCUUCAAGUGGAUACUCAAGUCAAAGUGGAACACCCACCCAUUCUUCUAAAGACAUCUGUUCUACCUCUCCAGGGAAGCAGAAGUUGAAGCCCCCAAAGCCAGAGAGGACAGGAACACAAAUUUCUCCUGCAGUGUCAGUCUCUUCAUCUUUGGUUUCCCUGUCAUCAAAUGUAUCAGAUCCAGCCACCCAGCUUACACAGACCCACACCAUUCAAUCACAACCACCAAAGAUUUCCCCUGCUGUAAAAACAAUAAAAAACAAAGUGACUCCACCACCUACAUCAGCCUUCAGAGAAUUGUUUAACAUUCCUCCUCCACCUAAGGUAAAAGCACCUUGUCCCCCACCCCCUGAAACCUGGGCUCACAAUGAACGCACAACCAAGCUUUUAUGUGGUCCAAGUACCCACAGGAUAUAUGAACUUCAAAAACAGUAUCAAACAGACAUUUUAUUGAUGAAAAAUCAAGACACAGCAGAUACCACUAACCUAACUUCUGGGCAAACAGAGAUAUCAGUAAAAAUUGAAACAAAUGGAACCCAUUCAGAGAAUAAAGCAGCCAUGUCUGAAGGAAAGGAUGAGUUUAUGUCAGUGCAAGAACAAGUGAGUCAUGUUAUACACAAAAGAGAACAUGACAAGUCAGAAGAGCUAAAACGUGAACCAGAAAGUCCAGUACAUUCCAAGAAAUUGCACUCAGCAGACAAGAUUAAUCAAACAUUGCUGUUAAAAAAGCAAUUUGUCAGUGAGUCGUGUCAUGUUAGUACUGGUGGUUUGCCAGAGAAUGACUUUUCGACCCCAGAGACAGAGAGAACUGUCACAGAAGACCAAUGUUUUGUCAAACAUGACACUGAUAAAGAGAUUCACAAACAUAAAAUCACACAUAAUCUAAGUGUAGGAGGUUCAAGAGCCAUUGGUAUCUCUCCAUCUCCAUCACCGCCUCCUGAACAUCCUCCUCCUCCACCACCCUUGAAAAUGUCUUCAAUAUGCUCAGUGGCUAUAGUAUUACAGGAGGAAGAAGUACAGACACAGAUGGAAAAAGAACUGCUCACUCUGGAGCCUUCCUGGCCUCCACCACCUCCACCUAUGGAUGAAUCAUCUGCCUUGGUAUUUGAAGGACAGGAAGAGAUAGACUUCCCACCACCUCCACCACCAGUCAUGUCAGAGCACUACAAGGUAGAAUCAUCAGGGCAGGAAGACAGUGUGGCUCCAGAGACGUCACUUGAUUCAUCGGAUAUAGCCAGUCACACUGACCAAAAUCCAGAGCCACAAAUUAUUCAGAAUACAUUAGUGGAGAAAACAUUAACCGAAUCUCUACCAGUUGACUGCAUUCCAAAUGUGUCCAGUGACAAACUGUUUGAUCAAACACAUGCCAGACCACAAACCUUUAAGAAUGGUUCACAAGUUUGCAAUGAUCAAGUUGGUUCAGAAACUCCUGCACCUUCUGAAAUUCCUCUGAAAUCUUCCCAAUCGCAGGAUAUACCUUUACAAACUCUGCCUCAAGAAACCUCCCUUCCAUCUCAACAUGAUCCUCUAAAUCCACCAGCCAUAUUACCUAAAGAUUUAUCACAACAAAUAUCUCAUUCACCUGAACUCUCUACUGAUUUGAAAACUACACCUCCCCCUCCAAUGGAAGAACAGUCCACAGUUAAUUUCAAAAGACAACCAAGUCUAAUAAGUAAAGACAGCAAAUGCAAAGGACUUUCAUCCAUGCAGAAAUGUGCACCUAUUCCAAAAGAGGAUGCAAACAUUCCCCUUGUCACACCUUCCCUACUUCAGAUGGUGCGUCUACGGACUGUAAAUGUUGAAGACCAAGGUAACCUUCCAUCACAAGAAGGUACAGUUGGUACUGAGACCACCCCAGACCAACAUCUGUCUGCGUCUAGUCAAGUAACUCCACAAAAACCUAUUCGUAAAUCCAUGCAGUCUCCUGUGAAGUCAUCCUCUGCAUCCUCGGGUCCUUCCAUGCGCCUUCAAGAGGCUAUACGUAUGAAGACAGCUGCAAUGUCUUCCAGUGGCUUUCCAGCAAGGCCCAGUCUACGUUUGCCAACAACCACUGCAAACAGUAAUGAUGUGCCUGUAUUCUCCUCUAAGACACCUGAUGAUUGUAAGUCCCCUGCCUCCACUGCCAGCUUCAUUUUCUCCAAGAGCACAAAGAAGGUUGUUAUUGAAACAGCCACAUCUCCAGAGGCCCAGGCCAGCCUCAAGCAGAGCCUUGCAGCAGAGCUCAUGCAAAUUUCUGAUCAGCAUAAAUCAGUGGUUACAAAUGGCACAAAGAAGCAUCACAAGGUGCCACCACCUGUUGCAAAGAAACCAGUAUAUGCAACAAGUCCAUCAGAAAAAGUUGGUACUGUUACAAAGCUUACAGUAGUGAGUCAGCAAAAAAAUGGAGUAGCAAAUAAUCAACAGACUGACAGAGAGCAACCUGCUGGCCAGUGAGUGCCCUCCACCACACCACAGGUAAAGAAAAGACUACAAGAUGUCUUGAGUAAUGCUUUGGGAGAACUGUUCAACACAAGGAAAAAAGUUUGCAAAGACAAUGUGUAGCUAUCAUGGACAAUGUCACUGUUCUAUUGUAAAAGCCUUAGCCUGAACAUGGCCAUCAUAUUUAUGCAAAAAAAAAAAAGAGAGUUGAUUCCAGUUCUUUUGAUACAAUAGCUUUACUGUAGCUUUGGCAUAUUUUUCUACACAGUACAAUUUUUGUCUUUUUUUGGCAAGUUUUAAAACACCAUAAUGUUAUUAAGUGUGGCUGCUGGAGUUACUUCUUGUAAAUUCCUAGGUUUAUUCUUUGACUGCAAUGUUAAUCUAUCAUCCAAAUGUUAUAUUAGGUAGUAGUCACUGCUGAUCAAAGACCUCUUUCUCAACACAACACUUUUUCUCCAUUUACACUAUGGCCAAAGACUUGUAUCACACCCAUAUGUGCUUUUUGAGCAUUCUAUUCUAGAUCUCCCCUUUGCUAUGAUAAGGACCGCCACUCUUCUGGGAAGGCUUUCCACUAGAUUUUUGGAAUAUUUGUCAAUUCAUCCACAAGAGCAUUAGUGAGGUCAAACACUGAUGUUGGGUGAGGAGGCCUGGGAUGUAGUCUUCUGCAUUCCAUUUCAUCCCAAACAUGUUCAAUGGGGUUGAGGUCAGUGCUCUGUGCAAGACACUUGAGUUCUUCCACUCCAACAUUUUCAAACCAUGUUUUCAUUGUCCUCACUUUGUGCACAGGAGCACUGCCAUGCUGGAACAGGUUUGGGCCCUUUAGUUCCAGUGAAGGAAAAUGUAAUGCUACAGCAUACAAUGACAUUUUAUAUAUUUGUUUGCUUCCAAAUUUGUGGUAACAGUUUGGGGAAGAACCACAUACGGGUGUCAUGGUCAGGUGUCCACAUACUUUUGGCCACAGCAUGUAUAUGUAGAGUGGCUAAUGCUAUGCUAAUGCAUUUUGAGUAUGAGUACAUUUACACAUUAAUCAGUUUUUUUUAAUCUUAUAGAAUUGGCCUCCUGUAUAAUAUGAUACACAUGCUUAAAAACACAGUAUAUACUGAAUGUUCUUGAGAAGUGGGAUUAAUGUAAAUUACAAAAAAUGACCUUUUAAUAUUAAUUCUAAAAAAAAAAAGCACUUUGCAAGCUACAAAUGCUGAAUAAUUUCUGAUGAAAUGACCAAGGCAGGAAAAAUGUGUAUGCUCCCUAUAAAAUUGAUAUAGAAAAUAGCUGCUUCUUUUUUAAUGUCACAGCACAAUUGACACUUUUAUAACAAAGUUGCAUUAAAAUAUUUGGCCAUUAAAAGUAUUUGGCUAUUUUGGGUUUACAAGAUGAAUCAUGAAUUACUUCUGUCUUCUGUGGAGCCUGUUUUACAAUCUUUCUUUUAAAACUUAUUUUAGUGAAUUAUUCCACUUCUUUUCAACACCACUGAGUAUUUUACAGUAUUCUCAGUUAUAUGCAAUGUAUUUU